AUGAAGAAGCAGCUCAACAAGCUCUUCGGCGGCCUGCGCAAGCCGACCGAGGCCCAUGAUGGGAAGCCCGCGACGACGCCGCCACCUGCGCCCACGCCCCCGCCGGUCGUCGUCGCUGUCGAUGCGCGGCUCACCAAGAUGACGCCACGCAUGAAGGACAUUGCGAUGGCCUGCAAGCUCAUGAUCGCGGCAAUGAAGCGUGAUGGGACGAGCGCAGACGUCGCCAAGCUGGCCACGUCUGUCCAGACAGCGACCAAGGCUAUCCUCGAGAUGGCCGGCGACGGGUGCAUCCAACAGUACUUUGCAAGCGAUGCCGGCACAGCGUUCUGCGACCAGUCGACCUUCCCCGCACUCGUGGUCGAGACACUCGACCGCCUCCGGCUCUUCUUUGUCGUCGAGCACGUCCAGACGCUCGGUGCCUCAGAAAGCCCAAUGGAUCCACAGGUAGAGACCUGCAUCACGACGCUCGGCGCAUGCCUCCUCGCGCUCUGCGGCAACCCGCGGGUCAUGGAGAGCUACCGCUGCGAGCUCGGGAACCUGCUUCGCCUCGUUGCCGAGAUUUACACCCCGUCGUGCUACGGACUCCGAUCCUCGAUCAGCAACGCAAUUGACGCCGCCACACUCAACGCCGGCGCGGUGUGGUACCUCCACGACUCGCGCGCGAUUGAGCGGAGCCUUGCGACCAUGCGCCAGCUUACGUACGCCACCGCCGUGACAUCGGCGAACGCUGCGACAGCGAUCUCGACGCUGCACUCACUCGCGCUCGAGGCCGACGCGCCGCCUCUCGAUACCCACUUGGCCGUGAGCCGCGCGCUCGGGCUCGUGCAAACAACAGCACCGGACGCGGUCGAGGAGGUACGGGCGCCCGAACAUACCUUUACGCUCGCCAACCACGACGCGGCCGUGGGCCUGAGCGCGCUCAUUCGCCUCGUUGUCGCAAGCGCCAAGCACGCGCUCAUUCUCGUCCAAGAUUUCCAUGCGGCGCGCGGCUAUGACGUGCUCUGGAGCGUGUACCGUUGCGCCAAGGAGAGCGCCGAGGCGCUCUACCGCAUGCUCUUGCCCCUUGGCGACGGUCCCGAGAGCGUCCGCAACGAAGCCGCCAUCGUCGCCUUGAAAGACCACGUUGUUGAAAAGCUUGACGACGAGCAGCGCGUCGGGCUCUUUGCGCUGCUGACGUGCGUGUACACGGGCGACGUGGCGACCUACACACGUCUCGAGCCCCGUCAGCACGUGCUGGCGUCGCUCGUCUCCAAGCUGCCGCAAGUCGCGUGGGCGGCCCAGCCGAGCGUUCUACUUGCUGUCGAAGCUGUCGGCGUCGUUGCUGACUUUGGUCUUGUCCGUGACAGCAUCUCGGUGCUGUGCGCCUUGUGCAUGGACGCUUCGACACAGGAGCUCGAGACGAUCAGCGACCACAGCUUUGCGGUGCGCGCGUGCGGCACCUUGCGUCGCCUCCUUGAUGCGGCACCGACCGAGCAUCCGCUGCGAGCGUCGCUGGUCGAGUUUGGACUCGUCGAUCGUGGACUCGUCGCCAUGGUAGCCGCCACAGCCAACCGCUCACCCGAAGCACUCGCACCGGUGCGCCAUGUGCUGCAAGCGUGGGCGGGCCUCGGCGCGGCUCUCUUCGUGCGCAAUGCGGCCGCAGCAGCGCGUUGGCGACCGACCGACGCGCCGACGCACUUGGAGAAGCUUUUGAACGCCCUCAUUCUCGACACAGAGACGUCGAUGGCGCUAAUAUCGAUCCCUUGCACGCUGGCCGAGAUCGAUACGGACGACAAUGUCAUAGGGGAUGUGGUGCGUGUCUUGGGCUUGUGCCAAACGUACAGCACCGAUAUGACGCGCUUGGCACCGGCCGUCGCGCUUUUGCAGUGUCUCUUGACAGCCCACGAGCGCGUUCAGCGUCUCUAUGUGUGUCGCGUACGAGGCAUUGAAGCGCUCCUGGCGCUACUCUCGACACUGCCAUGCGACGAAACACGCCUCCGAAACGAGCUCCUCAACAUCCUCACCUUGCUCUGGCGCACACCCGACCUCUGCGACUACACGUUCGCCAACGACUUGUACACUAUGCUGGCGACGCAUCUCGUGCGCUGGCUUGACGCGGAUGGGGCUGCGCUCUUGGAGCUCGUGUUGGGCCUGGCAUUCGAGAUACGCGAGGCGGAAGUCCACGUGCACCAUGCGGCGGCCGUCUCCGUGCUCUGCCAUCUUCUCGGAGCGGUGUCGUCGCCCGCCGAGUGGAUUCACACGUGGUAUACGAGCGUUCUGCAACGACUGCGAUCGCCCGAGAAAGCGCAGCUCGUCGCGGCAGGUCUCUUCCGCUGGCUAUUGCCGCUCGUGGUCGCGUCGCCCGACCCGGCUCUGUACGUGCCUCUUUUGCGCUGCAUUGCCCACGACGCGAUGCCGCUGCCGCAACUGCGCGACUGCUUGCGGGUCGUCCAUGCGCUGCCGCCGUCUCUAGGCUUGGCCUUUCUGUACGAGCUCGUCAAAGCGCCGACUGUCCCGCACACGCGGUUUGGACCCAAAGCCUUGACGCACGUGGCGUCCGACAAGGUGUGGCCGACGACGUCGGGCUACUCGGUCGCGUGCUGGCUGCAAUUUACGCCGCCGACAACAUCCGUCGUCGCAAAGAACGUCACCACGUCGCUCGCGCUCUGCGAAGGCGUGCUCGAGUUUGACGACUGCGGACCCCAAUACGCCGUCCUUGUCGGCUCAACGUUGACGUUAUAUGCCAACAAAGACGCGGCCGUCGCCGGCGCAACCGACGCUGUGACACUCGACGUGGUUGACGUCGUCACAGACAACUUGGACGACCCACUGGCGUUUGGCAUCGUACCUCGGGGUGGUGCGGGGGCUAUCCACGCACGCGCCGAGACGGACGCCGAUUGGAACAUGUGGCAGCGCGCGCUGGCGCAAGUCGCGUCGCCGCGCCCGAUCGCGCCACUUUUGUCGCUGUACGCCACCGACCAGCCGCUCUGCUACACUCGCAUCUACUUUGACGGCAGCCUCCGCAUCGACGCGGCGUCGUCGACGAAAAAGGCGUCAGUGGUCUUCAAGAACGUCGAAAUGGGCCUCUUCCUCGGGAGUUGGCACCAUAUCGUGUUGACACACCGCAAAUCGGUCGUCGGCAGCUCGCUCGUGACCUUGUACAUUGACGGCGCCGAGGUGACGUCCAAGAAACUGCACUACCCCGCAUCGCUCGCGCCCUCCGCACUCCGCGUGACGUUGGGGCACGACCCGCAGUGUCCGAGCGCGACCGCUGGGCACGACCUCUGUCUCGGCCCACUGUGGCUGCUCGCGGACGUCUUGCCGCCGAUUGGCGCGACGGUCAUGUUUCUCCAAGGCCCGAGUUUUGGCCAUCGCUUCACGGGCAACUCAACGGCGUACGGAGCGUUGUACGAUUGGACAGAGGCGGUGAUGUGCCACUUGCUGCAUCGUCUCUCGGGUCGCCGCGUGGACGUGAGUCGGGCCGCCAAGCGCCUCGGGUUGCUCAAGUGCCUUGCCUCGACCCAGCGCGAAUGGGCACUGCCAACCCACGACAAGGUGGGCGACGACGACGAGGUCGCACCCAUCGAGCUCGGUUUUCGAGCGUUCCUCGAGGCCAACUGCAAGCUCUCGACGCUGGGGCGCGAGGUUCUCCAGCUCGUGUCGAGCUUCAAGUGGCCCGACGACCUCGUGUUGUACGCGUCGCCGUGCAUUGACGUCUUGCCGGAGAGCGUGCUGCCGCUGGAUCUACCGCGGCGACUACCGAGCCUCGGUGGUCUGCACGCGGUGCUCCUUCCGUGGUUUGCCAAAAUCACCACCACGGACGAGAUGGAGACAGCGCUGCGCGUUCUGGUACGAUGCCUCAAGGCGUCGGCGUCAUUGCUCGCGGCCUUUCUGGAAACACACGGCCACCACUGGCUCGCCGCCUUUGCGCAGGCGCACAGCGCGCUUCUCGACGACCGCGCCCUCCAGACAUUGUGCAAAACCGCGAUCUCUGGGUCCCUCAAACUCGAUGUGGCGUGCAUGGACGCUGCGUUCACGGCACGGGCCGACAAAUUUCCGUUCCCCGUCGUCGUCAACGCCCAUGCUAUGACCCAGUUGGUCCUGAACCCACUCUUGCGGGGGUGUCUCUCAAGCUUGCUCCAGCACCUCUUGCUCCGUCUCGUCUCGUAUCUCUUGCACCCGGUCAACCCCAACGCGCUCUUCAACGCAAGACAACUCCGUCACUGCAGCUUUGUGCAAUGGCUUCUCGGGUAUCUCGGCGCACUCACGCGCACGCCGCAGAGCGCCGAGGCGCCGUCGCUAAUCGAGGCCGUGUUAUGUCUCUUUCGCGCCUUCUUGGUCAUGGAAGCGCACAUUGACGACGCGAUUGCUGUGUCCGACCGACUGCUCAUGACGCUCGCCGAUCCAAACGGCGGUGCGCUGCGGCGCUGUCUCUUGCGCCACAUUCUGGCCGAGCUCGACGGACCGGGUUCCGUCCUUGGACGGACGCUCGUUGACGCGGUGGUGUUUCGUCUCGCGUCCGACAAGAAGAUGAAAGCCAGUGUCCUUCCGCAAUGGUACCUCGGUGGCGCCAUCGACAAGCCCCUCGUCUUUUCACCUGAUGGGUUCGAAGUGGUGCUCAUGGAAAUUCUGCUUUUGGCGCCGUCGACGCCCAGCGGCAUGUCGCCGGAUGCACUCUUGGCGCAGCGCGUGCUCAUGACGCUCGCCCAAGCGCAGCCGGCGUUUGGCGCCCACUUGCUCGUGAAUGCGCACCUCGCGCGGCGUUUACGGCAAGGCAUUGCUCUCCACCGCGGCCACGCCUCUGCUCUCCUGCCGCUCCUGGCCUUUGUCGCUCUCAUUCCAUUGCCCCGCGUUCAGUGCGAUGCAGCAGCUAUGGGUGACGCCUUUCCAGAGCCAUCGCGCUACACGCCAGUGGCCAUGGACCGUGUGUGCGUGGAUGCUGUCUGGGACCUACUCGGGUUUCUCUGGUCGAAAAACCAAGCGGACGACGCGUCCGAGCUCACGACGCUUGAAAGUGUGUCGUGGCUCACGGCGCGUCUCGACGCCGACUCGCUCGUCUUUCAAGCGCUGUGCCGGUCGAGCAAUCUCUUUCUCUCGGUCGUCAUCGACUGCAUCGGACGGCUGACCGAUGUGCUGAUGCCGGCCGAGACCAUCUCCCACAUGGCGGCCGUGUGUCUCGAGACCUUUUUGCGCAAAGCGCUCCUCGAACGCGACGACUGGGGCGACCACAUGCUCUUUACGCUCUGGCGAUGGCGCGACGCGGAGACGGGGCUGGCCGACUGGCUCAACAUGCUACUGCGCAUUGUCAACCACACGGAAAUGCUCACGGCGCACUGUUCGAUCGUGGCCAUGAAAAACCUCUGCGGCUUGUGUCUGGGCCUCCUGCGGCUCGCCGUCUCGGACGCCAAAGGUCCCAAAAAAGGAUAUGUGACGAAGCCAGCCGCGUGGACUCCGGCGUUGACACUGAGUGUCACAACAUUCCUUUUUCAAGCCCUCGAGCUCUGCAACGCACCAGAGAAAACCCCGAUCUUGGGCGCUGAAGUCCAACAAUACUUUUACUCGCUGCUGGUCUUUGCGACCCAAGGCUUUAUCUUACAAGGCAUCUACACGGCGCACGACUAUGGCGACGACCACUGCCGUCUCCUCGAGCACCUCGUGACCCACAAGGAGCUCUUGCUGCAGCAAACCAAAGGGUCCUGCGUCCUCGUGUACGGAGCAGCGCCAAGCGCGAAUGACGCGGUUUCGACUGGAUUCCGGCUGCACAUGCGGCAGCUGAGCUUGCAUGGGCACCAAAAGGAGCUCGUCGUCGGCCCCGAGACGGACAAGUCGUUUGCCAUGUGUCUUGCCACAGCCCUCUUCCGCAUGCUGCUCGAUGACAAGGAGGCGGUGACAUGGGUAGCCGUCCAGCUGUGGCAAUUCCUCAUUACCCAGCGACCGAUGCUUGUGCAAGACUUGCUGGUCGUCGAGCCCAAGUCGACUUUGCUUCCAUCCAUGUCGACGUCGAGCGCCAAAAAGGAGGGCCUCAACUUGUACGUCCGGGGCAUGGACCAAUUGCUGGCCAUUGACGCGCCAACGUCACCUGCGUGGCCCACCUUUGCGGCAUGGGUCACGGCGCAGUACCCGAUUCUCAACGACGUGCUCCCGGCGCGGACCGACCCGAUGUUUGAUCUCUUUGUGGACGUGCUGGAAAACAUUUUGGCCGUGCGCAAGAGCUCGGCAACGAAAGUCGAAGUCGCCAUUCACAUUCCGAUCGAGCCGACGCUGCCAUCGCCGUCGCCUUCAGUGGGCGCCGCAGUGCCAGAGCCGAGCUUGAUGGCGGCGUCGCGACUGCUCGUCGCGACAAACGACCAGCAGAUGCACCAAGUCGAAGAAAGCAUGCGUGAAGCGGCGACGCAGUGGCAGCACGUUGCACCACGGUCCCUCUGGGCCAACGUCGAAGGCAGCGCGACAUCGCUCGUAGUGUCGUCGUCGUCCGUGUACCAAGCGUCGUGGAUGGGUCCCAUGACGCUGGACGGAACCGAAGGCCCUUGUCGCAUGCGCCGCCGCCUCAAGCCACGUGAUCGCGCAGUCAUGGACGAUGCGAACGAGGUCAGCACCAAGAUGGCGCCUGUUGUGACCCACCCAAGCCUCGAGUUUCACGACAUGGUCGAAGUCUACCGGCAGCUCCAGUACAAGUCGUCCGAAAGUUCUUGUCGCGUGUCGUUCAAGGAGGUCUCUUGCAAAUACCAGCAGACGCGCGACCAUCUUCACGAGUUGGGUGCCGACGCCACGCCUCGCUUGGUAGCCGAGGCCAUCGUCCAGCGCUUCUUCACGCCCGACUCAGCGCUCGGCAUCUCACCGGGCGUACUCGAGGACGUGCAAAGUACGUUGAGCGGCAGCGAGAAUAGGCUACCGAGCACACUGUUUGACAUGGCCGACUCAGAGGCGAUGCAAACGUCUGUCUUGCGCAAACCAAGCACCAAUGACGUCCAUGACGACGACGAGCGUGACGACGAGAAGGACGAAAAGCCUUUGCCGGACGUCACCUCGGACGGCUCGGACGACGAGGACGAAUGCGACAGACCAUCUACAGCGUCUGUCAUGAGCGUCGACUUGGACGAAAUCAGCGUGUUGUCGCCGAGGGCCUCGGCGCCCGAGACACUGGCCGUCGACCGCAACAUGUAUGGAAGCAUUUUGCGCUACUUGCACCGACACGAUCAAGUGCCAUUGCGCUGCUGCAACGCCGGGUACCUCUGCGGCAUGGGCAAAGCCUUGGGCGUGCUUGUGUUUUGCCGUGAAGCGCUCUACUUUAUCGAGGGCUACUCGGCCAUUGACGGGUCUGAGCCUGUCUCGAAGCGCAAGACACACCUCCAAGUGCUCGUGGACCUCACCGACGUGCUCAAAGCCAAGGCGAAUGCGCUGCGCAUCGUAUGCGACAAGACCAAGUCAUCGAAUGCAACGCUGCGCAAGUGGCGGCUUCCCUACGGCGAGAUCAAGCAGUUUUACCGCAUGAAGUACCAGCUGCGACCGACCGGACUCGAGUUUGUCGACACGAACGGCGGGACGUUUUUCUGCACGUUUGACGCCCGCAGUGACCGCGACGACGUCUUCCACGCGCUCUUUGGCAUGCCGAUCCACAACAGUAUUUACUGGGCGCACGUGCUGCGCCAAGGCCCGCUCGGCUCGAUGAAGCGACUGCGCCAAAGCUUGACCAAGCAGUGGCUCCGCGGCGCCAUGUCCAAUUUCGAGUACCUUAUCGAGCUCAAUGCGAUGGCCGGCCGAAGCUUCAACGACCUCACGCAGUACCCGGUGUUUCCGUGGUACGUGUCGGAGAACUUGCACCACUGGAUCGACCUCAUCUUUGGCUGCAAGCAGCGCGGGGAGGCGGCGGUCGACGCGCUCAACGUCUUUAUGCACAUGACAUACGAAGGCACGAUUGAUCUGGACGCGAUCGAGGACCCGGUUUUACGCGAGGCGACGUUGGCGCAGAUUGAAAACUUUGGUCAGACCCCGUCCAAGCUCUUCAACAGCCCGCACCCGCAGCGCAAGAUGCCAACGCUCCAUUUGCAGUCGCACUCGAGCCUCAUGACCCACGCACAUGACCUUUCGCUCAACGCCCCAAGCAGCGUCGAGACGUAUGUCAAGUGGCACACGCCGCUUGCCCCGCCGCUCGUGUCGAUUGGCAAGGAAUACGUUCAUCUCAAGAAGGCGUCGAUCGCGCACGUGCUCCAGAACGAAGCCAUCGGCGACGUCAAGCUCUGCGCCGACAAGUUGGUGUGCCGAGGGCUCGGGAGCGUGCUCGUGCCGCCUCGCCUAAAAAAGUGCGUCGACUAUGGCAAGCACGGCCAUUUGAUCUUGCGAGCGCUGCCAAAAGCCAAGCCGCUCGUCGUCCUCGAAGACGUACACCUAAGCGCGAUCCGGUGCGCAGUGUUUGCCGACGACGGGUUGACGCUCGUGAGUGGCGGCGACGACGGCGUAGUCAACGUCAUCGAGUGCGUCAAGCUCCAUGGCCAGCGCCAUUUUUCGCACAAGGGCAAGUUGGCGGGCCAUGACGCUCCUGUGCUCAGUGUUGCGAUCAACAAGGCGUUCAACCUCGUGCUCUCUGGGUCGGCCGAUCUGACCGCGAUUGUAUGGGACCUCCGCAGCCAGGUGUAUUUGCGCGAGCUCUGCGGCCACGUAACACCGCUCCUGCACGUGGGUAUCAACGGCGCCAACGGCAACCUCAUGACGGCGUCGGCGACCGAGCUUCGCGUCUGGAGCCUCAACGGCGACCUCCUCGCCUGCGCCGUGCUGCCCGCCCUCGGACUCCACCCCAUCACGGCAGCCGUGACGUCGCGCUGCGAUGUGUGGCAGAACGGGGUCGUCGUCGUGACGGGCCAUGCGAACGGGACGCUGGCCUGCUGGGGCCUCCAGUACCCGUCCGACGUCGAGGGCGACCAGAUGCAGACAAGCAAAAAGGACGAGCCGGUUGCACCUGCGUCGGUGCUCUCGCCGCGCCAGCGAAAGCCCGUGGCUGUGGCCGGCCACGGCAAGAUCGUGCCAUCUUGCCGCCUCUACGUCAUGAAGCUCCUGCUCGAGCACCGCGCGGCCGUGACGGCGAUCGCGCUCACGGCGGACCAGCGCCAGGUCGUGUCGGGCGACGCCGACGGUGUCUGCAUCCGGUGGCACGACGAUAGCCUUGGCGCGACGCCCUUCUCGUAGCAUUUCGUUCCAUGGAGCAAGAGUAUUGUCCGUGCAUGGAGCGACCCUCUUGGCAACUAGCAUUGGUGGAAGCAGAUCCUUGGGAUUUCAAACCCGC